AUGGCUGGCGUCCGGGGUAUGGCUUUUACGACGAGCGGGCUGCCCUCCUCGGCGAACAAAGAGAAGGGCGGCUUCUGCUGGCAGGACGCGGCCGAGGCGGGGUCGACGGAUUUCUUUGAUCAGUACGUCGAGCUCGGCGACUCCGACGCGGAAUCUGCCUCUGGAGGGGGUGGCGGCUUCGGCCAGUUCGGCGUUUCUGGUCUCUCCGACUCGCCACACCUGUCAUUUGGCCAGAUGCUCCCACCCACCGGUGGAGGACAUCAGGGACCUGGGACUCAGGGACAUGUGUCGGCAGUCAAUAUCAACCACGGCAGCAGCAGCAGCAACAGCAACAGCAACAACGCGGCUAGCUCGAGCUCAGCAGCGAGAAUCUACCGGCCACGGCCGCAGUUGCACCCUCUCUAUCGAGCCUCAACAAACAUGACGGCCUUUAGCAACCCAGAGACCGAAGCCGACGGGAUGUCCUACGGCAGCUUCGGCGAGGCCCCCGGGGGCGGUUCCAUCUCGGACUCGGAGCUUCUGAAGCUCGAGGGCUUGAGGAUGGGGUCACCGCGCAUCCAAAUCCCCCAGUUUUCUGCGUCCGAGCCCGCGUCGCCCCCUUCCAAGGCGACCAGCCCCCGCAAAGCUAGCCGUCUGGGGAACUUGUGCACCAAGAUUCGCAACAAGGCGGCGACGCUACAGGGCAAGAAGGUGGAGGUCAAGUCGGAACCGGAACCGUUGACCUCGCCCUCGGUCCCGGUCAUGUCGACUGCGCAGUUGGAACCGGCGAAGUCGUCUGGUUGGCAGCGGCCAGAGAACUUGCAAGUUUCCAAGUCCCAACUGCCGUCGCCGCCACUCACCAGCGGCAUGCCCAACGAGGCGCAACGGUCUGUCGCCGGCAGGGAGGCCAGUUUUGUCAACGGCUUUCUUGAUGAUCCCUUCAACCACGAUUUGCUCAACGGCCAGUUCAUACCCCCGCUCCAGCUCAACGGCACCACCAUGCCCCAAACGCCCAUGUCGACGCCGCUCAUGAAUGGCUGGCAGCUACCCAUGACGACCACAGACGGCAAGACGCUUUGGACGGCGCCGGCCACGUACUUUGGCAAUGGAGACGCCAACACCUGGUGGGAUCCGUCGCCGGACGCAAUGGACACCGACCCGCUCCCCCUGUCAUACCACGCCGCCGCCGCCAAUGCUCGUAAUACCUCCCUCAAUCUCGCCAUCCAGCUGCAGCACCAGCAGAGCUUCGAGUACCCCGCCCCGCCGGGCACCGAAGACACCACCACGGCCACUUUCAACCCCAACGGCCUGAUGCUGCACAUGCCCCAGCCGCGGGGCAUCCCGUCGACAGUCCCGCACAGCGACAACCACCGCCCUACCCGGGCCGACCACCACCGCCGGCCCAAGCCUCGUGCCCCGUCGUCGGGUGCCCGUCACCACCAGUACGGCCCGGGCAUGUCCCCGCGCAAGGGGCGCACAGUCAGCGGCGGCGGCGGCAACGGGAGCACCAGCACAAGCCGCAUUGCGUCGGUGUCGCCAUCACCCAAGAUCCCCGCAGCGGCAGCCGGGCCCGCGCCGGGACCCAACGGCAACGGCCGCCUGCACCGGCGCAGCGCGUCCAUGCAGACUCUAGGCCAGGCGGCCGGCGGCGACCCGAGCACGGCGAUCCGCAAGCGCAAGAGCUGGACGGGGCGGCGCACGUCGUCGUCGUCGUCCUCGCUGCACCACCAGUACCAUACCCUGGCCGUGGCGGCCGCCGCUGAUCCAUCUGCCUCGCCCGCGCGUCGCCGUACUAGUGGCAAUAACAACAACACCUCGCCCUCGUCAAGGCCCGUCUCCCUCACCUCCACCUCCUUCCCCGCGUCCCAUCCCCACGCGCACCCUCACCCUCACAACCAUCCCCAUCCUCAUCCCCACCCCCAUAACCCCAUCCACCCCCAACCACACCCUUAUCCCACCCACAACCACACCCCCGGCAGCCCCCCCCCAGCAACCACCACCACCACCACCACCACCAAAACCCCCUCCUCCACUCCGCAAAACACAGACGGCGGUUUCGUAAACUACACCCCGCAAGACCGCACCCUGCUCAUGACGGGCGUGGCGCCCUCGGGCAGCUCCAAGACCAAAGCACGCAGAGAGCGCGAGGAGGCGGAGCGGCAGCGGGAGUUCCAGGCGCGGCUGGCGCGGAUGGUGCAAGCCGCGGGGGGGGACGUGUCCAAGUUGGGGAUGGGUGGCGGCAUGGGCGUGGGUGGUGUUAAUGGGGUGGGGGGUCUCAAGUAG